UACAAGUCUUCGCCCGGUCUGACCCACUGGCUAGUACUGGCUGUACCUCCGGGUUCCACAAGUUUAUAAAUGCCAGUCCGAACUCCGGCUUGGGUUUCAUUCCAUUUCUAGAACUUUGAGCAGUCAGAACUCAGAUAAAAAAGAUACAGAUAACAGAUACAGAUACAGAUACAAAGAUAUACACAGAUACGUAGUUAUGUACAGAUACAGGAAAUUAGUGCCUCUGCUGCUGCUGCUCCAUGUGAGUGCUGCCUCCGCGGGACAGAUACGGGAUGCUGCCGAGGAGGUGGAUGUCCCGCCUGCCCAUCGGGCUGCCCCGCCGCCACAGACUGCUGCUGCUGCUGCACCGCCACCGGGCCCCCCGGGACCGCCAGGACCCCCAGGACCCCCAGGUGUGGGUGUGCCGCCGCCCAGCUAUCCCUUGUUCUACCAAGCUGCGUGGCUGCCAUUCGGACGCUACAGCGGCUCUAUACCCCUCGUGGCAGCACCACUUGUGGCACUCACUGGUGCCCCAACACCAUGAGUCAACUCAAAAUGAAGGCCGCCUUAGCCGCCGGUUCUGGUUCUGGUUGUGGCUCUGGCUCUGGUUGAAUUUUCGUUUACUAUUUGUUAUAUUUGAUGUUUGUUUUGUUUCGGUUUGUUUUUGAUUGGAAAUAUACGAUUAUUAUAUUUA